AUGCGGCGAUCAUUUCUACUUCUUCUCCUUGUGUUAGCAGGUGCCCACGCCGUGAACACGACAAUUCCCCUGAAGCUGAUGGGAGGUUUUACACCUAUGGAAUACCAAUGUGACGGUAAAGCUUCCAACAUUUGGACAGAUGUACUGUUUUUGAUCGACUCUUCGGAUCAGAUUACAAAAGCAGGAUUCCGUCAAGUGGUCGCAUUCAUUACGGCCGCGACCAGACAUUUGACAGUCGGUCAGGAUGAAAGGCAGACACGAGUUGGGUUCAUCACAUAUGGUGAGAAAGCGGAACUGAUCUACGAUCUAGAUCACUGGAGGUCAACGGAGGAACUCGCCGAUUUAGGGCGAAAAAUUCCAUACGUAAAAUCUUCAGGAACAAACAUUGCAGCAGCAAUUGCAUUGGCUAACAAAGUGUUCAAUUCACCUACACAUCGACCGAAUGUCCCGAAAGUGAUGGUUGUUGUCGCUACUGGAUUGAAGAAAGGCAGUCAGAAUCCGAUUCCCGUUGCGACUGCAUUCAAGGAUUUUGGAGGUAUUAUAAUCACAAUAGAAUACACUCAAUACGAUAACAUUGAAGUGCCAAUUUUGAAGAAAAUUGCUAGCGAAGGAUACAAUAUUAGAAGCCAUGAGGAAGAUUUCAGUGUCAGAACGUUAACGAACCUGUUGGUGCAGGCAAAUUGUUUCUGUCCAGAGCAUUACAUGCCACUUCGUGUAAAUAAUCCUGAAUUUGGUUGUUUCCUAACUGCAAAAAUGCCAUCAAUGUGGGAAGACGCAGCUGAAAUGUGUGGUGCCGAACACGAAGGGAAAUUGGUGAAAAUAGAGAAUGAGGAAAAAGCUGCAUUCGUCAUGAAAUUGAUAACCCAGGAAAAGGGAGCAUGGAUUGGACUGAAGUACGAUGGAAGUUCGUUCGUGUGGACAGAUGGCACUAAGCUCGGUCACGACGACUUCAACUUGUGGCCGAAUGAUGUGAAGGGAUUGAAAGGACCUCAUUGUGUGUUUAUGUUCCGGAAUCAUAAUUCGAAAAAGAUCAUCGCGCCGAUACCAGGCUGUCUUAUACGUGGGGAGACGGGAAAUUACAAUAUUUGCUCCACAUUUCCAAGGUAUUAUUGGAGAGCCGGUAAUUGCGAUGAAGACAUGAAAUAUGUAUGCGAAGUAAAGCCAUGCAGUGCAUCCAACUACUGCUCGGAACCGGUGUUCAUGCAUCGUCAGAUGCAUCGCGCAUUCCUCCCACCACGACCACCAUCACCGCCGAAUCAGGAACCGCAAAAAUCUCUCUGA